AUGCUGGGGCUCCAGUCGUGGCCUUGCUUGCUUUUCCUCUUCCCAGUUCUGCUCUCUGCCAGCGUUCAAUCUGUGUCCUUACCAGGACAGAGGCUACAGAUGUUUCUUUCCCAGUUGCUGCCCCUGGACUCUGAAUCCAUGCUGGCUGAAGAGGACAUGAAGGAAGGGUCCAGCUUUGGACCUCCGUUGCUCUCCUCCACCCUCCCUUUCCUCCCAUCUGGGGCCAGAACUGCCCGACUCUCGCUCUGGCGCAAGACCCUGGCCAAUCGCAAGUGGGCACUGGCUGGAGAUUGGGCCUGGAAGGCCAUGCCCAGGGGCUGCUUUGGACUGAAAAUGGACCGGAUUGGGACCUUCAGUGGUUUGGGGUGUUAG